CAGAAGAUGACGGAAGGAAACUCUACAAUGAUCACCAAGAUCUUACUGCUGGGAUUUGAGAACCUUCACAGCUUGAAGUAUUUAUUUUUCAUUGGAAUCUUUCUAGUUUAUUGUUUGGCCGUAUCCGGGAACGUCUUCAUCAUUACCUUGGUGUCAACGUGCAGGAAGCUCCACCGUCCCAUGUACAUCUUCUUAACACAGCUGUCUUUUUUAGACAUCUUGUUGAUCACAACCAUUGUCCCCAACAUGCUCCGCAUUGUACUGAAUGAAGGUAUCUCAAUGACUUUUAUGGGCUGCAUUAUUCAAUUUUUUUUCUUUGCAGGCCUAGAAAUGGCAGAGUGUCUACUUCUAACAGUGAUGUCCUAUGACCGGUAUUUGGCCAUCUGUACCCCACUGAGAUACACGUCUAUCAUGGACUUUGAGCUUUGUGUGAAGUUAGUUGUUCUGUCUUGGUUGCUUAGUUUUAUCCUCAUUCUAAUAAUAACUUCGACCAUGUGUAGCCUACAGUUCUGUGGACCACACAUUAUUAACCAUUUCUUUUGUGAUUAUACCCCACUUUUAGACCUUUCAUGCACAGAUACAUCCAUAGUACAAACAGAAGUUUUCUUUAUGUCCGCAUUUGUGCUUGGUUUACCUGUAAUAGUCAUCAUAACAUCGUAUGUCUCCAUUGUCUUCACAAUCCUAAAGAUCCCAUCUAUUACAGGAAGGCAGAAGACGUUCUCCACCUGUAGCUCCCAUCUCUCUGUGGUUUCCAUAUAUUUUGGGACAAUAAUGGGCAUUUAUUUGUUACCACACGAAAGAUCAUCACUGGCCACAAACAAAGUCUUAUCUCUUUUUUACACCGUUGUGACCCCAUUUGUUAACCCUAUGAUAUACAGCUUGAGGAAUAAAGAUAUCAAGGGUAUAAUUACCAAUAUAACCAAUAAAAUGAGAGUUAGAUAUGAUGUGCACGCCAACGCAGCACAUCCGCGACGCUCACAGAAUGAGGUGCGCGCUGAUGCGGCACGCUCGCAUUGUGAAGUCCAAGACGACGCUACACAUUCGCGUCACUCGCGAUGA